GCAUCUGCUAGCUCUGCCCUUUGUCACAAGGUUUUCUAGUCUCUUUCUUUCUUUCUUUCUUUCUUUCUUUCUUUCUUUCUUUCUUUCUUUCUUUCUUUCUUUCUUUCGUACUGGGGAUCAAACUCAACACCUCAUGCUUGCCAGGCAGGUGCUUGUGCCACUGAGCCGAAUCCCCAGCCCUAGUUCCAUUCUUUCUAUGUGAAUUCACUCACUUCUUUUUCAGAAAUCACAUUCUUGAUCUUCUUUCUUUCUAGCGAGUGAAGAUUCUAGUGCUGAGCUUUUAUGGUUGAAAUGGAUAUGACUGUUACAUAAGCAUAGGAUUUAAAGGGAAAAAUUCUGAAAGCUGAUCUUACUGAAAGGGAAUAUUUGCAGUACUGAGUCCAAGUAAACAGGAGAAAAAAGGCACUGACAAAAUAUAAGGGGACAUCGAAGAUAAAACAAGGUCCCCAAAUCUGGCAAGACAAGAUAAAGUGGGUUCAAGAGGAAAAAAAACCCUGGAUAUAUCACUGAAUGCCUGAGGCUUUCAGCCCUCUGGAAGACAUAGCAACUAGCACUGUCCAGCAGCCCUCCGCAGACACCAAACCUCCUGGCACGUUGAUCUUGAACUUCUUCACUUCCAUCGCAGUGCAGCAUCCUCCAAUUCAGAGCAUUCGCAUACUACUCACUGGAUGUAAGGAAGAGAAAUUGUCCCUCUUCGCGAAUGAUGCUCAGAUCAUGAAGGUGGAAAACAAUUCAAUCAUCAUUAACUGUGAUGGGUUUUAUCUCAUCUCCAUGAAGGGCUACUUCCACGAGGAGGUCAGCAUUAACCUUCAUUACCGAAUGAAUCGGAAACCCAUUUCCAUCCCCCUGAGAAAGGACCUGCAGGUUGACUUCACCACAGUGGUUUCUUUGGCUUACAAAGACAAAGUCUACUUGAGCAUGAACGCUCAGAAUACCUCCUGUGAAGACUUCCGGAUGAAUGGUGGGGAACUGUAUCUCAUCCAGCAAAAUCCUGGUGGAUUCUGUGCCCCGGUUAGAAUUUGAUUGCAAGACUUCUAACCAGGCACCAGCAUGAACUGCAAACUGGGGUGGACAGGACACAGUCUUCCUGGUGAAUGGAGGAGUUCUGCCAGCUCAUCUGCACAGGAUGUGAGCAAAAGCAUAUCCUGUCCCACACAUCCACUCAGGGAUAUUUAAAACAGUAUUUUACCUACCAGUUAAUCUUAUUUAUCCUGUUAUCUUCUAAAACACCUAACUCAUCCCCCAUGAUUGCUGACUGCCUUGAGCCUAUUAGCAUCUUAGUGAGGAUGAAAAACUAAGGGUCUCUUUCAUUCACAUUGUUUCUAUUGGUCAGGCAAUUGUCAAAAUAACCUUAUGUCACUGGAAAGACACUUGACUACUAUUUUCUGGAAAGUUGAUGUGUGAGGUAUUGUCAAAGAGAAGAGGAGCAAGGCAUAGGGUUAUGAGUCUGCACAAGGUGGUAUCUACCAACCCCAGGGAACCAGAGGGACUUAUUCCAGGUUAGAUUGGUUACUGUUUGCAUAUUGCCUAAAUACUUCUCUCAUUUGGUGGGAGUUCAAAAGGAAAAUCAUCUUGUGAAAAUCAGAAUGCGAGAUCAUUGUUUAUGAAAUAUUGUGUAUAGAGGUAUUUUUCUUUACCAUUUGCCCAGCUUCUAAACACACUCAAAUUUCUCUUCAAAGAAUCAUCCUGGGUAUGUGAUACUGUGAAAAAUGUAAUGUAUGGCAUAAAGAAAAUCAAGGAAGAUUUUUCUACAGAAAGCAUGUGAGAUAAUUUGUGAGGGUUAGCUUUAUCACAUGGUUCAGUAAUAACUAGGCUCUCAGGGUAAAAGUCAAUAUAGAUUUUGACAGUCUGUGGAGGUAUUCUUUUUCAGUUUAGUCAAAGUGGCACAUUUUCAUCUUCUUGUCUAUGGUGAGAUUUACAUUUAGCACUGUGCCUUGUACAUAUAUACCACAUUGAUGGUAUCAAAAAAUGAAUAAAUGCUGUAAUCAAAGGUAAUUUUAUGUCAAAGAGCACUAAGAAGCUAUUGUACCUUAUGAAAAAAAUGAUCUCUGCCUAGAAACGCCAUAAUGUCACAUGUGUUCUUAUAUUGAUCAUUGAAAUCAGGACAGUCAGCCAAUAUCGAGGCUUAACGGAAGUAUAAUUGCUUUUACUUACCUUAAAUAUAUCCCCUUAAUUUUUUUGUCCCCUUAAUUUGAUAAUGUAUCAUAUAUAUAUAGAAUUGGGGAAAAUUUUGAUAUUCUUAUGUCAGAUUUCUAGACAAUUUAUAAAUUCUUUUUGUCAAAACUUACAAAUAUAAAUGUUCAAAAUAUAUAUUUUUAAAUUAUAGCAAAUAUUUCCUAUCUUAAUUAGAGGAUACAACAUAUUAUAAAACCUUUCUGGAUGAUUCUGUGCUGUCACAGGGAUUGUCCUCUAUUGCAGUACAAUAGUUAUGUCUAGGACCACCGGGAAGACAGAGCACUGUUUGUCCCUACACUAAGUGGUCUCAGUGCCAUUUGGAUUUAUUUUUUUGAUAGCUUUCUCUUUCCUCUUAAGCAUCUAUCUCCCACUAUAUUCCCUCAUCUCUGUUUCAACCUGUUGUUGAAAGAAGCUAACUAAAUUUAAUACAUAAAAUAACGUAUAUCUAAGGAGUCAUCAAACUCUGAAUGGCUGUCAAGAUAUUCAUAGAAUUAUGAUUAUAGCAAAAACACCUUAGAAUGGCCCUACUGUGAACCAUACAUUGGGUUAAAUGAUUUUCAUGAAUUCUGCAGUGUCUUGAUUACUCAGAAGAUGUAUGUGUCUGUGUUUGUGUUUAUAGUUUACUUUUUUAUUAUUAUGUUUUGCAAAGUUGCUAUUAAUUAAUGCUAUCUGAAAAAGUAAAUGUUUAUGAUCAUAGGUAAUAUUUUUGUAAAAACUAUAUUUUCUUUAUUUUUGGUAGUGAUGAUUGAAUCCAAAGCCUUCACACUGAGCUAUAUUGUCAGUCUUUUAAAAGCUUUUAAAGUUUUGAGAUGGGAGUUUCCCUAAGUUGCUAAGUUGCCCAGGCUGGGCUUGAAUCUAUGACUCUCCUGUCUCAGCCUCCCAGAAUGCUAGGAUUAUGGGAUAAACCACCAUGCCCAGAUUUAUUUGCCUCUUUUUUUGUUUGGCAUUUGUCUGUAUUUCUUGUGAACAUGUAGUGUACAUGCCAAGCAUAAGCCUUUUUAUUCUGUGGGCUAUUUUAUAUGUUUGAUGCUAUGGUGUCUCCUCCUGGAUGCCUACUCAUUUGGGAGCUCCUGGCCUGCUCUUCUCAUGCUGGCUUCCUUUUACCGUGCUGGCCAUUGUGACUAUGCACAAACUUCAUUCAUCCACCAUCCACCUAUCAAAAUACAUGUGUUCUGUGUUUCAGGCCCUGAAGUCAUAUGCUUUAAUGGGUUAAUUAGCCUACACUUCUUAUAUGGAGAGGUUUAUGGGAAGAAAAAGUGAGAAGUCAGAAGAUAUAAAUUCUAAGCUUCACUUAGUUAUUAACUUCCCAAGUGAAAUUGGACUAAUAAAUUUGUAUUUCUGCACCUUGUUUUCCAGGCUUGCUAAAUGACAAGAAUAUUAAAUAUCCUAAUAUUUAGAGUCUUUUUCUCAUCAUGGUAGCUCAAAAUGCACAUAGUAAAUGUUUAUGCACUGGUUGUUAUUAUAUGUCUACAGGGAUAACUUUCCCUUUUACUAUAUCAAUUUUUAAAAAAUUAUUUUCAUGCAAGCUAAAAAUCUUCCUUCAGCCUUCUUGGCAAUUCUUUAAGAGUUAACAAUUGUUAUUUAGUAACUUUCUAUUUAAAGAAUACUUAAAGGAUUACAGUCUUGACCCAAAUCAUAAUGUUUAAGGAUAAUGGAUAUGUUUCCUAUUUUAAGCCAUAUUUCUGUAUUUAGUGCUUUUGUGGUUCUCAGGAAAUAUAAAUAUUGACAUUAAUAAUACCACUAAUAAUAAUAAUAUUGAUAUUUACAU